AUGCCCAAUUCUGCAAAGGAGAGCCCGCGGAAUACUGGCAGAACGCGACAGUCCAGAAAACGAGCACCCGUGGCUUGCCAGUCAUGCCACGCCCGUAAAAUGAGCUUUCCUGUGUGCCGCGGGAAAGCAGGAGAUCAAAGUAAGCCAUAUAGCAACCUCAGCGCGAAGACCUCCUCGGAAAGCUCGCUAACGAGCUGCCGUAGCCGACGUGGCCUACCUUACCACCUUAGUACGGUGUCUUCGCCGUCGAAUAACGAAUCCGCGAUACAGAGUACUCCGCUGGGGGAUGGCAGCUUUCCACCGAGCGCCUCCGGGCCCAGUCCUACAGCUCCAGCAGUAGGGGAUACUGGAGAUAGCAUCGACAACUCUUAUCGUCCAUUCAACGAGCAUUUCAGCCAUCAUAAUGGAGGUGACAUGGGCGCAUCGCAACUAGACGGGGAUGCGACAGAUAAAUGCUGUUCCCCGUUAUAUGGGGACCCCCGUGGCGUCGGUCUGGUGGUCGACAUAUGCGAGCCAGAGCCACGGGAGAAGAGUGGACACUUCCUCAUCCCCCGAAUUGAGCUCACCCAUAUAGAUCAGGAUACGAUUGAAUACUUGCGCCGUAAGGGCGUGUUCGACUUCCCCACUCCUGCUGUCUGCGAAAUGAUGAUCCGGACAUACUUCUACUAUGUGCAUCCGUUUUUUCCUGUUAUUGAUGCCCAUUCGUUCCUCGACACGUUCGAAAAUAGACGCAACGAAGUAAGCGUACACCUGUUGUGGAGCAUGCUUCUAGCUGCUGCGAAUUUCGCAGAUGACAGCACCCUAAAAGCAGCCAAUUUCUCUUCUCGAAAAGAGAUGAAGCGUGCAAUGUAUACCCGAGCUAAGGCUCUUUAUGACGCAGAGUAUGAGAGAAGGAAGAUUACUCUAAUCCAGGCGGUACUUCUGACAGGCUUCUGGUAUUCGGACACCGAAGACAGGACCGGACCUUGGCAUUGGAAUGGCAUUGCUAUCAGUCUAUGCCAAACGAUAGGGCUACAUCGGCAUCCAGACACGGGUCGGAAACGCAGUAAAGCGAUCUCAACGAGUGACAGCAGCAUCUGGAGGCAGAUAUGGUGGAGCUGCUUUUAUCGUGAAGCCUGGUUCUCUGCUGGCAUGGGCAGGCCUAUGCGCAUCAACCUAGCCGACUGCAGUACCCGAAUGCCACAUGCCAACGAUUCCGAUAACCUGCUCGCUGGGAUUCCGGAGUGUAUUCGGAAGAAGUACCUUCCAGAAGGCACUAAGGACUUGUCCAAAUUAUGGACGGAGCUAUUGACACUUACGGUCUCCUUAGCAAAGAUUCUCUCAUGGCAAAACCGAGCGGACCGGACACGGCCUAGUAGGACUGAAAUACAGCAGAUGGACGAUACCAUCCGACAGUAUUGUUUCCGCAAAGAUCACGCUAUAGCUCAAGGACAUAGUCACGUCGUUUCCUUACACAUGUACCAUCUAGAGCUAUAUCUAGAUUCUGUUCUGCUAACCCUAUACCGGCCGUUCCUUUUUGAUCGGACAGAAAUGAAUCCGCCUGAUCUUUCUGCGGACGAAUGGACAUCAACUGUGCUGCGGAGGGCCAAAGAUGCUGCGACGAACAUCAACAGGAUCCUUGGCAACAUGAUCGGCGCUGACAUGAUUAGCAACACCCAGGCGAUCGUCUGCAUUGCCUUGGUUCCCGCAUUGCAAAUCCAUCUGCUUGAUGCUACGUCUGAAAAGCAGAUGGUGCAACGUAUGGGCCGCCACAACCUUGAGUUUUGCAUGAUGGUCAUCGAAGAGCUCAAAUCUGUGUACUUUGGCGCUGAAAUACUCGCAAGAAUGUUCACCAAGGCAAAGAACUGGAUCAACUACCGGACGCUUGCCCCCGCCACAGAUCCCAGGGACUAUAUGCUUCAGUCAUCGAGUGAUUCCACGAUUGCUCCUAUUCCGGAGCUACCAAAUAAUGCACGUCAGAACGAUGUGGAAAUACUUGAGGCUUUCGCGACAAUGUUGAGUCCCUUUGCUCCAGUAUCAGCUGGUGGAUCCUUCGAUAACGAUGAGCUAUUGGAUUUCGAAUCUGCCAUCACACUCGAACAACUGAUGUUCCCUGUGCCCGAAUCUUCUGCGGAUACACGUUAG